CAUACGUUCUUCUCAUAUCUACAGAUUACUAAGACUUUUGCCUUUGGAUUUUGCCCUUUGCUUCUUUGAUUAUUUCCAUUUCCCUUGUUUACCCAAUCAGCAGCAGCUCCGCCACCCUUCCAUAAAAAUGGAGCCUUUUUUCCACUAAAAAAUUAGCAUAAAUGCAGAAAAAAAAGGUGUUGGUAGAUGCAUGACUCAUGAGAGCCACUACCAACUUCUCAUAAACAAAACACUCCUCUUUUCUUUCUCCCUUCACUCUUCUCUUCAAGCACCAUCUUCCUUUCGUCCCUUCACAACAACACAGUUUAUAUAUAUCCAUAUAUUCUUUUCACCAGAUUUUAGUGUCAACUUUACAAAACCUGUCUUUUUCUCUCGGUUUCUACGCUGACUCCAUCAUCACCUUGUUUAUUCUUUUUUUUUUCUGUCUCAGCAGACAUAGGGAUAAAUGCAAAGGGCUACCAAUUAAACCAUCGUUUGCUGGUUAAAGCAUUUCCCGACAUGGUGAGCUUACGCAGACGCAAGCUCCUGGGACUCUGCUCUGGGAGGAGUUCCUUUUUGACUCCACUUCCUAGAGCUUUUGAUAGUGGAAAUAUACCUGAGAAUUCUAGUCAUAAUGCGAAAUCAGUCAGUGCGCAUCCCUUGCCCUCAGAUUUCAUCAAUCACGUGCAUGGGAAAAGCAUUGCUAAGGUUGACUUUGCAUCACCAAAUGUUUCUGGCUCUGGUUCAUCAAAAGAGCAUCAUAGUCAACCUUUUCCAGGGCAACCAAUCAAACGCAGAAAGCGACACAGGAGGAAGCAUCUUCAAAACCAAGAACAAUGUAUGAUGAGGGGUGUAUACUUCAAAAAUAUGAAAUGGCAGGCAGCAAUAAAAGUUGACAAGAAACAGAUUCACUUAGGGACAGUUGGUUCGCAAGAAGAAGCUGCUCGUUUAUAUGACAGAGCUGCAUUCAUGUGUGGAAGGGAGCCGAACAUUGAGCUUCCCGAGGAGGAAAAGCAAGAGCUUAGGAAAUUCAAGUGGGACGAGUUUUUGGCAUAUACUCGACGUUCAAUUACCAAUAAAAAAUACAAGCGAAGGCUCGAGGUUGAAGCACAGAAGAGGCCUGUGUCCGCAACGGCGAACGGUGAGUGGGACACCAAACAAGUUGUCAGGAAUAGCUUCUCAGCUUCAGAAGAGAUGGGACCAGACUCUUCAGCCUCAUGAAAAACAAAGCUGUUGGAGAGUGAGGCUGAAUAAUCUGGUUCGAAUAAUUAAAUUCUAGUUGCGGGAUCUCCAUUUUUUGGGUGUACGAAGGGCCCCUACUAGAGCCAGCCAAGUAAUGAUAUUUUGAUCUCGUUAUCUUCUGGUAAUAAUAUAUAAUCUACAGUGUUUUAAGUUUGAAUUCAAAUAAUUAGUAGUAAAUAUUAGUUGCAUCUUCACCUGAUCACGAUUCCCGGUUGUUAGACAGAUGGAAGGUAUUGCAAAUAUGAAGCUAUAUAGUGCCUAAUUUGUUCAGAGGUCAUGGUUGCUGUCAAAGUGUAGUGCAAAAUUGCAGAAUGGUUAGGCUCCAAGAAGCAUUAAUCCUUGUUUAGUUUAGUUUAAGCCCAUGUCUAUGGUUUCAUCAGCCAUUAAUGGGGAGGUUCAUGCUCAGGUGGCUAUCACCUAGGAUUAUUAGUGUGACUCUUUUGAGUCAAAGCACCGAAAUACGUAAUUGUGGUGGGGACAUGAGAAAAAAGAAAUAAAAUUUAAUUUUUGCAGCUAAAA